AUGGUCGCCCCGUCGCCGAGCAUCAACCGGCCUGGCCAGUCACCGUCGACGGCUUCGAGCUCGUCGCCCGUCGUCACCGCGGCCGCUCCUGUGCUACCGAAGCCAGCGCUUAGCUUUGCCACUCCUCCGGUCACCUUCAAGCCAGCCACCCCGAAGCCCGCGGAAGCCGUUGUCACCACCACACCCAACGCCGUCAAACCGGCCGCCCUGACGUUUGGAAACAUCUUUGGAGCUGCUCCCAAACCUCCAAUGCCGACUACUCCGCAAGCCGUCGUGUCUUCGCCCAAGAAAGAGCCCGAGCAGGCUGUCUGUGAAGAUGGGGAAAGCGACCCCGAAGAGUACGUUCCGGAAGCCGAUGCGUCGCCCCAAAAGCCCGUGGACAUCAAAGUCGGGCCCAAGAGCGAGCCGGCUGAAGAGGACGAUGACGAAGAGGGCGGCGAGGAUGACGAGUACGAGGCCCAGGCCGACUUUCAGCCGAUUGUACCGCUGCCGGACUUGAUAGAGGUUAAAACCGGCGAAGAGGAGGAGGAGGUCGUGUUCAAGGAGCGCUGCAAGCUGUACCGCUACGACAAGGAGGCCCGCGAGGCAAAGGAGCGAGGUGUUGGAGAGAUCAAGAUUCUCCGCAACUCUAAUGGCCUCUACCGCUGCGUGAUGAGGCGCGAGCAGGUCCACAAACUGUGCGCCAACUUCUUGAUUCGUGCCGGGAUGACGAUCACCGAAAAGGACAAGUCGGAGCAGGUUGCCCUCCUCAACUGUCGGGACUUCUCGGAGGACGCGGGCGGUCGCGAGGAGACGCUCUUCAUCAAGUUCAAGUCGAGCAUCGAGCGCGACGCCUUCAUCGCGACCUACCGUGAGGGCAUCGCCUCCGACUCG